UGUUUCUGACUUUGUUUUUGAAUGACGAAAUAAGAUUUCGAUUUUAAAAUGAACCUUUUACCGAAAAGUCAUAAAGAAUUUAGUGAUAAAGAUUAUUGGAAUAAGUUUUUUAAGAAACGGGGUAAAAAAGCUUUCGAAUGUCUUAGUGCCGAUCUGUACGAUGUUGGCUACUCAAACAUCACAAAUAUUGAUGUAUCAGAAGUUGUAAUAAAGCAAAUGAAAGCUAUAAAUGCACACAGAACUAGCAUGAAGUUUCUUUACAUGGACGCCCUCAACACAACAUUCAGUAAUAAUGAAUUUAAUGUAGUUCUCGAUAAAGGUACACUAGAUGCCUUGAUGCCGGACGAUUCAAAAGAAACGAUUGAAGGAAUUGAUAAAUAUUUUUCUGAAAUUAAGAGAUUAUUGAAAUUAGGCGGUCGGUUUGUUUGUAUAUCGUUGUUACAAAGCCAUAUCUUAGAUAAAAUUGUAGAUUAUUUCGGUGAUAAGACGUGGAUGUUGCGAGUGGUGAGAUGUCACGAGGCAGAGGAGAAAAACUCAGAGAGUGGCGAUGGUAUGACAUUACCAGUUUUUGUUGUAAUCGCAACUAAAUUUAAAGAGAUGCCUAAAUUAAUAUUAGAAGUCUGUAUGGCCGGUGAUAAAAUGCAGAGGCUGGAGUCUGUGGAAGAAUUUAAAACUUGUUUGAAAUCUGCUCAGGACACGGCUUUUAUUACCAAUGGUCUCGCUAGAACAUCUUUAGAAGGAGAUGAUGAGGUAAUACUAGACUUAAUGCAGCCUGGAGAGGAGACGCCACGAUACACGCUGUACAUCGUCGACCAGAAGAGGUCUCAGGCUAUAAACAAAUACGCAGUUUUCAUCGUACCACAGGGGAGGGAAUCUGAGUGGUUAUUCGGUACACCUGCUGGUAGGCGUCAGCUCCAGGAUUCAGCCAGGUUCGGAAGGCUGGUGGUGGCCGUGCUUCGGAGAGGACACCUGUUCGCAAGCCUCGACGCGGUGAAGGAAGAGCUGGCGCAUUCUGCGAAAAUGCUUGCACCCAAUGGGUUUACCGGACAGAUCCCGUUCUUGUCGCUGGGCAGCGACGUGGGGCGGCGCGUGCGCGUGGCGUGCGGCAGCUCGCGCGCCUCCGGGGACUUCGUGGUGGAGGACGUGGACGUGGAGGGCGCCGCCACGCGCCGCCUCGUGUUCCUCGCCAACCAGUUCCUCGUGCAGUCCGAGGCGAGGCUGAAGACGGGUGAGCACCUGCACUGUACACUGGCACACGUAGUGGUGGAGGACGUGGACGUGGAGGGCGCCGCCACGCGCCGCCUCGUGUUCCUCGCCAACCAGUUCCUCGUGCAGUCCGAGGCGAGGCUGAAGACGGGUGAGCACCUGCACUGUACACUGGCACACGUAGUGGUGGAGGACGUGGACGUGGAGGGCGCCGCCACGCGCCGCCUCGUGUUCCUCGCCAACCAGUUCCUCGUGCAGUCCGAGGCGAGGCUGAAGACGGGUGAGCACCUGCACUGUACACUGGCACACGUAGUGGUGGAGGACGUGGACGUGGAGGGCGCCGCCACGCGCCGCCUCGUGUUCCUCGCCAACCAGUUCCUCGUGCAGUCCGAGGCGAAGCUGAAGACGGGUGAGCACCUGCACUGUACACUGGCACACGUAGUGGUGGAGGACGUGGACGUGGAGGGCGCCGCCACGCGCCGCCUCGUGUUCCUCGCCAACCAGUUCCUCGUGCAGUCCGAGGCGAGGCUGAAGACGGGUGAGCACCUGCACUGUACACUGGCACACGUAGUGGUGGAGGACGUGGACGUGGAGGGCGCCGCCACGCGCCGCCUCGUGUUCCUCGCCAACCAGUUCCUCGUGCAGUCCGAGGCGAGGCUGAAGACGGGUGAGCACCUGCACUGUACACUGGCACACGUAGUGGUGGAGGACGUGGACGUGGAGGGCGCCGCCACGCGCCGCCUCGUGUUCCUCGCCAACCAGUUCCUCGUGCAGUCCGAGGCGAGGCUGAAGACGGGUGAGCACCUGCACUGUACACUGGCACACGUAGUGGUGGAGGACGUGGACGUGGAGGGCGCCGCCACGCGCCGCCUCGUGUUCCUCGCCAACCAGUUCCUCGUGCAGUCCGAGGCGAGGCUGAAGACGGGUGAGCACCUGCACUGUACACUGGCACACGUAGUGGUGGAGGACGUGGACGUGGAGGGCGCCGCCACGCGCCGCCUCGUGUUCCUCGCCAACCAGUUCCUCGUGCAGUCCGAGGCGAGGCUGAAGACGGGUGAGCACCUGCACUGUACACUGGCACACGUAGUGGUGGAGGACGUGGACGUGGAGGGCGCCGCCACGCGCCGCCUCGUGUUCCUCGCCAACCAGUUCCUCGUGCAGUCCGAGGCGAGGCUGAAGACGGGUGAGCACCUGCACUGUACACUGGCACACGUAGUGGUGGAGGACGUGGACGUGGAGGGCGCCGCCACGCGCCGCCUCGUGUUCCUCGCCAACCAGUUCCUCGUGCAGUCCGAGGCGAGGCUGAAGACGGGUGAGCACCUGCACUGUACACUGGCACACGUAGUGGUGGAGGACGUGGACGUGGAGGGCGCCGCCACGCGCCGCCUCGUGUUCCUCGCCAACCAGUUCCUCGUGCAGUCCGAGGCGAGGCUGAAGACGGGUGAGCACCUGCACUGUACACUGGCACACGUAGUGGUGGAGGACGUGGACGUGGAGGGCGCCGCCACGCGCCGCCUCGUGUUCCUCGCCAACCAGUUCCUCGUGCAGUCCGAGGCGAGGCUGAAGACGGGUGAGCACCUGCACUGUACACUGGCACACGUAGUGGUGGAGGACGUGGACGUGGAGGGCGCCGCCACGCGCCGCCUCGUGUUCCUCGCCAACCAGUUCCUCGUGCAGUCCGAGGCGAGGCUGAAGACGGUGAAGAAGAAAAACAAAACGAAGGUAGUCGUCGAUUUCGGUCACAUAGCUCUGUACCACUCAUUCAUGUGUGUGGCAGUGCCAAUAAGCAAUAGUAAAAAUAUUGCUAUUCUCGGUCUCGGGGGUGGAAGCCUCUGCAUGUUCCUGAAGAAAUGUUACGACAACUUGAAAAUAACAGCCGUGGACCUGGAUCCAGAGAUGCUAGAGGUGGCCAGGAAACACUUCGAGCUGGAGUUGGAUGAACGUCUAGAAGUACAGAUCAAGGAUGGAAUUGAUUUCUUGAAGGAUGAAGCUGUUGUUGGUCGCCAGUACGACGCAGUAAUGUUCGACAUGGACAGUAAAGACCGCGCCCUUGGCCUGUCGUGUCCUCCUCCGCAGUUUCUACAACCUCCAGCUCUGGCUGACGUCACUAAGCUGCUCGCUAAAGACGGUCACUUAAUUCUGAACCUAGUAUGUCGCGAUACAGAACUACAAGACAGUAUAAUGGAGACGCUAAAACAACACUUCAAACAUUUACUUACCGUGAAGCUGUACGAAGAAGUCAAUGAGAUAGUGUUUGCUUCGAACAGCGACAAAGUUUAUACAUUAGAAAAUUUAGAAGAGGCUGCAAAAAGCCUAAAUACAACCGCUAGACAAAAGAAAUUAGUGUUUUCAAAAUGUGUCGAUCUAAAAGACUUCUUACAAUCAGUUAAUAUUAUUUCAUAGAAUUUAGUACAAUGAAGAAAUAUCCUUUAAAUGUAUCUCGUAAUGCUGUAGCGACUGUUUUAUGUAAAUCUUUAUGCUGUGUUGUAAAAUAUAAAAUUUUGCUAAGUA